AUGAACUACAAGGGUGCAAAAGGGCUCCAAUUCGGUGAAGGAAAUACUAAGGUUGAUCCUAGCGUUGCCUUAGAAGUCAACGGACCACCCGCUGAUUGUCCUCAAGAGCUCCCCAAAGGAUGUCAAGUGAUUUCCACCGAAGCCCACGGAGCAAGCUUCUGGGCCAACACAGCCCGAAUCGACGUAGAUCUUGCAGACGGCACGCCCCAGAAAUUCUUCAUCAAAGUGAUCUCCGGAGAUCGGGGCAAGCACAUGAUGCACGGCGAAUUUGAGUCCAUGAAAACCAUCCACACUUACAUGCCAGACUUCGCACCUCGGCCCAUAGCAUGGGGAACCUACACGUCCAUACCCAACACGCACUUCUUCCUAUGCGAUUACAAAAAGAUGAUCGACGAGAUGCCCGAUCCUCACAAAUUCGCCUCCCGCCUCGCUGCACUGCACCAGAACAGCGCGUCCCCGAAUGGGAAGUUCGGGUUUCAUGUCACGACUUAUAGUGGUAAUCUACCGCAGAUCAAUGAGUGGGAAGAUAGCUGGGAAGUAUAUUUUGCGAAAUGCUUGCGGAAAGCUCUAGAUCUUGAACGCGAAGCCAAGGGAGACGAUCCGGAAUUCCAAGUCCUUGUCCCAGUCAUUUUCGAGAAAGUCAUUCCGCGUCUGCUGCGUCCGCUUGAGAGCGAAGGACGGUCUAUCAAGCCGUCACUGGUGCAUGGAGACCUCUGGUAUGCAAAUUCCGGCAUUGAUGUAGAUUCUGGCGAGCCUCUUAUUUUCGACGCCUGUUGUUUCUAUGCUCAUAAUGAAUGUGAGAGCCAUCCCUUGUCUUUAAUUAAGAGACUGAUUUGCAUCAGAAAUGGAAUUCGCUUGCUGAUAUGCAUGUGUGAGCAAGAUGAGUUUGGACAAUGGCGACCAAUUUGUAACAAAUUUGGGGCAAAGUACUUGGCUGCUUAUCACUCCUAUGUUCAGAAAUCAGAUCCGAAGGAAGACUACGAUGGCCGCCUGGACCUUUAUAAGCUGUGA